AUGCUGCCUCCGUUGGCUCUAGUGAUGAAGUGGCGGAGGGUGUACAUGACUGCUCUACUACGGCGGCGACAAGCACGGAGGCCGAGCAUUCGGCUACCUCCGCCGCUCAUGAAGGGGGGAUUUGUUGAUGCUGCUCUGCAAGGGCUGGGUGGUCCCGCCACCACUGACUCCCCUGAUGUUGAACUCAUGCCUAAUGUAUUGGGCGAUGAGUCAUCUGGCUACGAUGGCGGUGGUGAUCUUGUUGGAGACCGAGUUGCAUCCGAGGGCCGUAGUCGGCCUAUGAAGGCUCCUCUUGUGGAGGAGUCUGAAGAUGAAUCUGAAGAUGGUGACCUGACGAAGUCCAUGGGGGUCUCUUUGGACGGGGAGAUUUCUGUUCCCCCUGGCGUGGAUCUUGCCCGUGUUGGCUUGGGAGCUCCCCUAAAGGCAUCGUUGCUUCCGGGGGCCGCCAGCCCUUCUGGGGAUAGCGGUGUUGGUGCCGAAGGGAAUUCUGCUGACACACUAAGUGGGUGGGCGGAGUGUCUAAGUGCUCUUUAUAAGGAGAUAGGAGGCCGAGCGUGUCACCAUUUGAAGAAGGUGAACUUCUAUCAGUUGCUGCGGUACAACUUGGAGCAGCAAUGCUUGGCUACACAAGAAGUUGUGAAUAGCAAUGUGGCCCUCGAGGCUCUCCAGGCCAAGUCUGAGAAGGUUGAAGCUGAGAAGAAACAGCUUGCUGAGGAGGUUGUUGGCCUUCGCUCGGGUCAGAAAGAUCUUGAUGAACUGAAGGGAAAAAUAGAGUCUCUAAGCAAGGCGCUUGAUGGGUCGAAGGCUGCAGAACAGUUAGCCCUGGAUUGUGGGCAAAAGGCCAAUGAUGCCGCUGCCAGCCUUCGCAAGGAGGUUGAUGCGGAGAGAGAAUCUAGCCAUGCUUUGGGCGCUCAGGUGGAGUUGCUGACGAAGCGUUUGGAGGAGGCGAUCGUGAUUGGUCUCUCGGCUGCUGAGCUGUAUGUGAACGCCCUUGGCGAGUUUGCUACCAACCUGUCAAAGACCUUAAUUAAGUCUGGCUACGGUCAUGUGGAGGCUUUGAAGGACAGGAAGGAUUUCGAGAGCCCGGCAGAUCUUGGGGAGACAUCUGGAAAUCUGACCAAGGCGAUGAGGAGCUUCAUGAAGUCCUUCUGGCUUAGGUUUGGCUGUGCCAAUGCUCGCUCCUUGGCGGAGGCACGUCAUGCUGCGGACUUGAAGAAGGCGCAGGCCCGCCGUGUUGCUGUGGAGGCGCAAAUUUCACAAUCUCAGAGGGUGCCCAACCAGGAAGCUACUCCUGCUGCCGGUGUUGAGAAGACUCCGGAGGUCUAA